AUGGCCGGGGUUGCUCCCAUCCUCAUCCUCAUCCUCACCUCGCUGCUGGCGGCAGCAGCCACCCCCUGCGGAGCCCCGCGCCCCGACGGCAGCACCGCAGGCAAGCUGCUGGGGACGUGGCUGUACGUGGCUGGGGCUGCCCAGUUCCCCCAGCACCUCCUGGAGAUGCUGCUCAUCGACCACGGAUACCUCCAUGUGGAGCCUGGUGCCAGCGAGCAGGAGCUGCCCAUCACCCAGAGUGUGGCCAUAGGGGACCAGUGUCUCACCAACAACUCCACCUACAUGGAAAUCACUGCUGACAACACCACGCUGGUGAAGGAGGCCAAGACCCAGCAGACUGUGGGGACACUGAUGGACCUCAGCUCUGAAGAUGUUUUACUCAUCCAAUACCAACUGCAGAGGGAAAGGACGUAUCUGGGGCUGUAUCUCUAUGCCAGAAACCUGAGCAUGAGCAGAGCCCAACGGGAAGAGUUUGAGACCCAAGCCAAGUGCCUGGGGCUGAGUGAAGAAGGGAUCGUGUAUGCACCAUGGAGAAGGGAUCUGUGUCAAAUGGAGGAAGCUGAGAAAGGAACCAGCCCAUGGAUGGAGCCCACAGCUGCAGUCACAGCAUCACCUCCUCCGGGUACCCGAAUGCUGCGGGGCACAGGGAACCGAUCCCACCUUGGGCAAUAA